CCAACACAUUCCCGACUUGAGAUCAAGGGACUAGGGGACACCAGAAGUUUAUUAUCGGUGGACUACACACAAGAGCUUCUGAAACCGGCUAUUCUGCUUUGAUAAGGUUCUUCUGAAGAGGCCGGCUUUCAGAUUGGAGAGUGAUGAUGUCCAUGCAAAUGAGUGAGGCGGAGAGCUCGGUGAAGGUGGCGGAGUGGCAGCAGACCUACUACGCCUCAGACUCGGGCAUCCAGUCGGGCGCCACCACCGUGAGAGACGACGAGGAGUCCGAGUGCAGCAAGAAGUACACCGUCAGCAGCGCCACCGCGGUGGAGAGCACCUCAGACAUGGAUGCCCAGUACACCCUGACGCGGGCGCAGCGCGUGCGGGCCGCCAUGUUCCCCGAGACGCUGGCGGAGGGCGAGGCGGCGCUGUCGUCCACCCAGAGCGAGCCGGGCCAGCAGACCAACGUGCAGAGACUGGCCGAACCCUCGCAGCUGCUCAAGACGGCCAUCGUCCACCUCAUCAACUACCAGGACGACGCCGACCUGGCCACGCGCGCCGUGCCCGAGCUCACCAAGCUGCUCGCCGACGAUGACCAGGUGGUGGUGAAUAAGGCGGCGAUGAUAGUGAACCAGCUGACGCGUAAGGAGGCGUCGCGGCGUGUGCUGAUGCAGUCUCCCCAGAUGGUGGCGGCGGUGGUGAGGGCCAUGCAGAGCACCACGGACAUGGAGACGGCGCGCGCCACCGCCAGCGUCCUGCACAGCCUCUCCCACCAGCGCGAGGGCCUGCUGGCCAUCUUCAAGUCCGGCGGCAUCCCCGCCCUCGUGCGCAUGCUCAGUUCCCCUAUGGAGUCGGUGCUGUUCUACGCCAUCACCACGCUGCAUAACCUGCUGCUGCACCAGGAGGGGGCCAAGAUGGCGGUGCGUCUGGCCGACGGCCUGCAGAGGAUGGUGCCGCUGCUCAAGAAGAGCAACCCCAAGUUCCUCGCCAUCACCACCGACUGCCUGCAGCUGCUCUCCUACGGCAACCAGGAGAGCAAGCUGAUCAUCCUGGCUAAUGGGGGUCCAGAGUGCCUGGUGUACAUCAUGCGCAGCUACAACUAUGAGAAGCUGCUGUGGACCACCAGCAGAGUGCUCAAGGUGCUCUCCGUCUGCCCCAGCAACAAGCCCGCCAUCGUGGACGCAGGGGGCAUGCAGGCUCUUGGACAGCACCUGACCGGAUCGAGCCAGCGCCUCGUCCAGAACAGCCUCUGGACACUGAGGAACCUGUCAGACGCUGCCACCAAACAGGAGGGUCUGGACGGUCUGCUGCAAAUCCUGGUGAGCCAGCUGGGCUCUGACGACGUCAACAUGCUGACGUGCGCCACGGGCAUCCUGUCCAACCUGACGUGCAACAACGCGCGCAACAAGGCGCUGGUCACCCAGUGCGGCGGCGUGGAGGCUCUGAUCCACGCCGUGCUGCGCGCGGGGGAGAAGGAGGACGUGGCCGAGCCCGCCGUCUGCGCCCUGCGCCACCUCACCAGCCGGCACCCCGACGCAGAGCUGGCCCAGAAUGCCGUGCGCCUGCACUACGGCGUCCCCGCCAUCGUCAAGCUGCUGGGCCAGCCGCACUACUGGCCGAUCGUCAAGGCUACCGUUGGGCUGAUUCGGAACCUGGCUCUGUGUCCAGCCAAUCAGGCGCCGCUGAGAGAGGCAGGGGCUAUUCCGCGAUUGGUCAAUCUGCUCCUAAAGGCACACCAGGAUACCCAGAGACACGCCUCCAAUGCUCAGCAGACCUACCAGGAUGGCGUGCGUAUGGAGGAGAUUGUGGAAGGUUGCACAGGAGCCCUGCACAUCCUGGCCAGAGACCCCAUCAACAGAGGAGAGAUCGCCAACAUGCAGACCAUCCCUCUGUUUGUACAGCUGUUGUACUCGUACGUAGAGAACGUGAAGCGGGUGGCUGCGGGGGUGCUGUGUGAGCUGGCUCUGGAUAAGCAGUCUGCUGAGAUGAUCGACGCAGAAGGAGCCUCCGCCCCUCUCAUGGAGCUUCUGCACUCCACCAACGAGGGCAUCGCCACCUAUGCUGCGGCCGUGCUCUUCCGCAUCUCGGAGGACAAGAGUUCUGACUACAGGAAGCGGGUGUCUGUGGAGCUGACGCACUCGCUCUUCAAGCACGACCCUGCCGCCUGGGAGCUGGCCCACAGCAGCGUUCCCCUGGAGGCCGGCUACAUGGCAGACGAGCUGGACGGCGCGUACCCUCCCUACGGCUACGCUGACAUCCCGAUGGACGGCCUCCCAUUGGACGCGGAGCUGCACGAGGCCUACAUGCCCGACAUGACCUACGACCCCCGGCAGGCCUACCCAGAGCCCCUCUAACAGCACAAGAUUGAGGAGAGAGGGUGAUCGUCUGACCCAGGGGUCAUAGGUCAGGGCCUGAAGCAAGCUAUGAUGACAUCAAAAGGGAAGAAACCAUCACACAGGGUUGGGCUGUCUGGAACUGUUGUUGACAAAAUGUUGUAUACAAAAACAAAGUUGAUUCAGUGUUCCUUCAAAAAAAAAAAAAAAAAAAAAGACAAAAUUGUUUUGUUUUAACCUUGAUGUUACGGGUGGCCAAGCCUCCCCUUUUAGAUGCUGUGUGUUAGGUAUUUCCUUGCAGACU